AAAACCAACACUUACUCUAGAAUAUUAUGUAAUGGUAAGCCAUACACACGGCGUCAAAAACUGUGGUUCGUGAGUAGAGAGGUUUGAGAGGAUUCUGAAAGUUACGAUCGGCGAAUCUCGUUUUCGAAGCUGAAAUUGAAUUGAAUAGUGAAUUUGGCAGAAGCAAAAAUGGGAGACAUAAACCACGCGGCUACCGUCAACGACGAUUUGCUUCUCAAAAACUUCUUCGCCGAAGUUAGCGAAGUUGAGAGGGACAACGAAGUCCUCAGGAUUCUCUCUUGUUUUAAGCUGAAUCCAUUUGAAUAUCUAAACCUAUCAUUUGAUUCAUCAAUUGAUGAAGUGAAAAAACAGUACCGCAAGUUAUCAUUGAUGGUUCACCCUGACAAAUGUAAGCAUCCACAAGCAAAGGAAGCUUUUGGAGCGUUAGCAAAAGCUCAACAGUUAUUACUGGAUCAAAAUGAAAGGGAUUACCUUCUUAGCCAAGUUAAUUCAGCCAAAGAAGAACUUAGAGCAAAGAGGAAGAAACAGCUCAAGAAAGAUACAGCUUCAAAAAUUAAGUCUCUGGUAGAAGAGGGAAAAUAUGAUAAACAAUAUGAACAGUCAGAGGAAUUCCAGCAGGAGCUGAAAGUCAAAGUUCGUGAACUAUUAACAGAACAAGAAUGGAGAAGAAGAAAAAUGCAAAUGAGGAUAUCUGAGGAGGAAGGCAGAUUGAAAAAGGAUGAAGAGGAACAAAAGGAAAUGUGGAAAAGAAAGCGUGAACACGAGGAGGAAUGGGAAGGAACACGAGAGAAGAGGGUAUCCAGUUGGAGAGAUUUUAUGAAGGGUGGAAAGAAGAAUAAGAAAGGGGAAAUUCGCCCUCCGAAGCUUAAGACCGAGGACCCCAACAAAUCCUACGUUCAAAGGCCUGUAAAAAGAGGUUAGGGUUAUGGAUUCUUCCAUUUGUUAGAAGAUGAUGACAGCUAUCAAUUAAACCAAGGAGUUCGAGAGAACUCAUUCAAGCAGGGUAUCUUAUGUAUCGGUUUGAUUGAUACCUGUAUAAAGAUUUAUGUUAAAUGGAAUGUAGACCUCCAGCGACCUUUUUGGUGGGAUGCUAGGUCGUUACUUACCGAUACUGACACAUAGGAGUUAUUAAAUUUGAAAAAGAAACUUGUGAGUACUGGUCAUCCGCACUGAAGCAUUGAAAUGUUUAUGGAGAAUUUGAUUUGACAAA